CCGGAUAUCCGGUAAAGUGCUCAUCUGUCUUUGGUUCCAAUACCAGUCUUCCUGAUCCACAUAUACCUUUACUAUGCUACAGUAAAACUGUGAGAGAUAUUCGCAUUUUUAACCCAACGUCAAAUAUGUUCACGAGUUGGACCACACUAGCGAAAUAUUUAUUCUUUCAACUCUGGAUUUGAACACGGAAACUGCUCCUAGCCAAUGACUCCUAGCUAGUUGAUGUUAGCAUUUAGACGCUCUGACUGUAAACAAAGCGAUGAGGACGGCCGAAGGUUCCGGUUGACACGGAAACUAAUAGUGAGGAGCACGAAGUGAAAUAAGUGUUUGCUGCAGACUCAUUUGGAUGCUCAUACCUGCCCUCCAUGGAAUCCCUCAACACGUUUGAAUCUGAGAUGGAGGCUGAUGGACAGGGGAACUACUCUCUGUUUCCUGCUCUGGACAGCAUUGCAACUCUGUCUGGCACCACUGAAACUCUGGAGAGUGAACCACCCAGUGAAAUAGCAGAGAAACCGAACCUGACGUGGCUCGAUGCUGCGCAGAUUGUUUUGGAGGAAGCGGGACGUCCCAUGCACAUAAAGGAAAUUAAACAGAGAAUCAUCGACAGGGGACUUGUUCAAUCCAAUGCAAAAUCAAGCUUGGAAGCUGUCAUGUACCGCGAGACACAAAAAGGCAGCAGGAGAUUCAAGAGGAUUGAAAACAGAAACGGAGUCUUUGCUCUGCUGACUGAUGAGGAGCGGCAACAGGCCCUGCAGGCUUUCACUGCCCAGUCUUUCCUCAGCUCGCCUCAGCAGAAUACCAUUUCUGGUUCUGGGUCAGGAGUCUCAGCACCCACCUUCCCAUCUCCCACUACCUCCUCUGAGCAUAAGGCCAAGGGGAAGAGGGGUCCACGAAAGAACCAGAACGAAAAGUAUAGGCUCAAGUACCUCCGGCUGCGCAAAGCUGCUCGUGCCAUGAUAUUUGAGAAUGCAGCUCUCUGCGAUGAAGUUGCUCACAUAGAAGAAAAGUUUCUGAGAGCAAAGGAGGAGCGGAGGUUCUUACUAAAAUCCUUGUUGCAAUACCAGUCUCUGUCAGAGGGGGAGCUACUGCCCACACCCGGCUCAAGCUCUCAUCCACCUUUGCCACCAGUGGGAUUGUCCUCAGGUCCUUCCGGGGUUUCAGGUCUGUCCACUACUCACAGUGUGUCAUCAACAGUGCCAACAGGCGAAGAAGGAGCACUUAAAAAACCCAAAAAGGAAAGGAAGGAGCGGGGCAGGGAGAAUGGAAAGGAGGAACUUCCAAAGAAGAUGUCCAAGAAGCGAAAACUCGCAGACGGCUCACGGAAGGUGGUGCAACCCAUCCCUCUCGACUCUUCCGGCCGUCCUGUGUUUCCCAUAGUACUGGGAGGUUUGACAGUCUACAGUCUGGGCGAGAUCAUCACAGACAGAAUGCUGUUUCAUGACGAGUGUGCCAUCUACCCAGUGGGCUUCUGCAGCACACGCAUCUUUGCCAGCAUGAAAAACCCAGAGCAGCAGUGCCUCUACACCUGCCAAAUCAAGGACGGGGGAACAGGCCCACAGUUUGAGAUCGUGCCUGAAGAGGACCCUCAGAAUGCGAUCGUGGCCUCCUCCGCCCUGACGUGCCAUGCCAAUCUACUGAAGGCCAUCGCGUCUGUGAGUUCCAAGUCCGUGGUGUCGAUUGUUCCAUCAGGAGCAGACUUCUUUGGAUUCUCUCAUCCCACCAUACAGAAUCUCAUCCAGAGCUGUCCUGGAGCUCGCAAGUGUAGCAACUACAGAUGGAUUCGUUUUGAGGUGUCUCGCCCUGGCGAUGGCCAGGUCCCUCACAGCCUAUCAGAGGAUGACGCCUCAAUCAACUUUGAAGCAUUCCAGAGGCACCACAGCUUUGAGAACAUCAAGACAGAGCAUAUCACAGGACAGACACCACAGUCUCCUAGUUCAUCUCAUCAGCAUCACCUGACCUCCCCCACCAUGAAGGCUUCGACCUCAUAUUUCAGCUCCUGAUGCUCUGUGCCGGAGCGCCUCUGAAAUCAAGGCCAUACCUGAGCCUAGUUGUUGUAAAUAUUCCUUGUAAAUUACAAGAUGGAGCAUAUUUUUUUUCCCCCACCAGGGGGCCUUGGCUUUCUUUCCAAUGUGGCUUUUUGUGCCUUAGGCUCUGUUUAAACUUCAAUAAAAGUGGGUGUUUUCAUUUUGAUUCAAUUGAUUGAUUAUGUUUUGCCAAAUAAAAAAGUAACAUUUUAUGAUAAGGCACACUACAACAUGAGGCGCAAUUCCCCAGUAAUUAAAUAGAAUUUUGACGUAUUUUAUUUGAUCUUACAAUGUCAUUACAUUUACAACGUUAAAGUGUAAAGUUAGGUACCCUAGAAUAAGGUGGGAACAAGUCAGGUUUUUACAUAAGUAAAUUUAAUUAAUUUUAGUGUGUAAUUUCUGGGGAGUUUUGCAAUUAUUCACCGUCUUACAUUGUAAACACACUGUACUUUUUGUGGUGCAGGUCAUAUCAUGGACCUAAAUUCCAGAUAUUUUGGAGGAAAUGACACAGACUUCUCUUUCCUUUUCAAAGUUAUGUUUGAAAUGUCAUUGUGAAGGGAAAAAAUGAGACUUGGCUCCAUCAUUACAAGGUUUCAUAGAACUGCGAAUUUUGAAGGCAUUUAUUUUUUCUUGUAAGUUGGUAAGAGAGAACACUUCGUUAUACCAUUUCUAUUGGUAAAAUAAAAGGACAGAUAAAUACAGCAUACACAUCAGCAUAAUGAUUAUUAAAAAAAGAUGUUUUUUAAAAGGGCAAGAUAAAUCCAUUAGUCCAUAAUGUAGCCUGCAUCCUUAAAAAUACAAAAUAUUUACACGAGAUGGAGACUUUUUUUGUAAAAUUACCAUGAAAUUGCACACUACUGAAAAUUACUUAGAAUAUAAUUAUUUUUUUGUUUCCUCUAAAAACCUGACUUCUUUUUUACAGAACUCCCCUUUAUACCUUUAUAGUGUGCCUACCUUUAUCUAUGUGUUAUUUUAUGACAUGUAUUUAUAGGUAAAUAUACUUUGUUGUAAUAGAAAAAUAAAUUGAAAUUUCUUUUUAAUACAGUGGAAUUAUACCUUUAAUCACAAGUGUUGCCAAAAAAAAAGAACUGACUAUGUGCUGUAUAGAGAAAUGUGUCCUGGUGACAUAUAAUAAAAUAUUAAAGCAACAAGUAAAUGAGCAUUAAAGUGAAAGGUUCACAUUAUUAGAGAAAAUCAAGAAAACCUUUGAACUUGGUGCGCUUCAAUGUGAUCAUCAGUGCUUUCAGGACUGACAGGUGUACCAUAAUAAUGUGAAAUCCAUGCAGACUUUGGCCACAUUGAAUGAACUUUUUUAUAUAUUGUCUGUGGUUAUCACUAAAACCUGUCACCUUUAUAGUCUGUUCUAUCAGCCGCAAUACAAAUGUAUAAAAUAGAAUUGGCAGCAAAUCACGACUAAGUAUUUAUUGAUUUUGUUUACUGCUAAUUGAAUGCAUGCAACUACCUGCAUCCAAUUUUGCUGCUGUAAUUGCUUCAUUCAGCUGUAUAAGUAAAUGUACAGCUAAACGGGCUACAGUGUGUAAUGUAUUCCUUGAGCAGAAAAUCUUUUAAUCUUCUAAAGCAAAUGUGGCUCUUACAGCAGGUUUUAAACCUAAACUCUAAACAUAUCCACCUCUAGUGUGCAACACAAGUUACCAUGGUGAUCAAGCCAUAAUAUGAGAGCCUGUUUUGUGACAUUGAAAAAUCUGACUUGCAGCUCAGGUCAGGUUAACCUUCAUUCAAAGUACACCCCUUUGCUUUCUACUGUAUGCGUAUAGCUGUGCUUUAUUUUGAAGCCUGAGCUCCAGCUGAUGUUUCAGUUUUAUUGCUAUAACCUUACUUAAUAAUUGCAAGUUGCUCAGAAAACCAUGUGAAAAUAGUUGCUAUGCUUUUCCAUGUUUGAACGCAACUCUCUUAGUUGUCAUUUAUUUGUGCAGAUUUUGAGUCAAAAUGACUUGUGUUGUAAAUUUCAAUUUACAGUGUGUUAAAAUAAACAUUUGCCACAGGG